CAGGGGCCUCGGCUCCGCAGCUGCCACUCCUCCUCGGGGUGCUGCACAAGUUUCGAGGUCACCGGCGACCCCCCCUAGCAGCGUGCCUGACUCUGGCCCCGCGAAGGAGCACGGGGCUUGGUAAGGGGGUUUGGGGGGGGCGGCACCUCGGCCCUGCACUCAGGAGGGCUCACCCGGACAGAACCUCAGCCUUCAGUUCUUGCCCGGGAGCCCUCGGCCAUCACCCACCACGUGGAGCCCCCACGCACGCUUACCGUCCUAGCACGUCAGGACCAGCCCGGCCCCUCUUUACAAACGGUUAAACUGAGGCUCCGAGAGGGGACGGGGCGUACCCAGGGUCACGCAGCAGAGAGCGGACUCGAACCUCAGCUCUCAGGCUGAGACUCCUUGGUGGGACCACCUGCAGCCACUUCAGGUGGGCGUGGUCAGGAUGGGGGGGGUCACCUGGAAACUUCCCCACUCGGCUUUCCUGCUCUUUCUCUCUCAUUCUUUCCCUUUAAACCCAAACCCUAAUUUCAGAACUGGAAAGGAUCUCCAAAACAAUGCAUCCAUUUUACAGAUGGGGAAACUGAGGCUCGGAGAGGCAGUGACAUCUAGGCAGAUAAUGCCUUGUCCCAGUCCAGGAUUCCUGAUCGUCCUUCUCCUUCACUCCUCCCAGUGAACCUAAGCUCCCCAGGCUUGUGCUGGGGGCAGGGUGUGACAGGAGUGGGCGCCCUGGCCUGGGGAGGUGAGGGGUGCAGCUGACGCCAGCCCCCCAGCGGCCCCCUCACUCUCCUCCAGCAGUGUGUUGCAUACUUUCUAAGGCGCCGGAGGCAGCGGCAGCUCCAUCCAGCCCAUCGGCUCCUCCUCGGCAUGGCUGGCUGCCUGAGUGAAGCGGACUUCGUGAUGGUGGAGGAGGGCUUCAGCACCCGAGACCUGCUGGAGCAGCUCACUCUGGGGGCCUCACAGGCCACCACGGAAGAGGUCGCUGCCUUCUUUGUGGCCGACCUGGGAGCUGUAGUGCGAAAGCACUUCUGCUUUCUGAAGUGCCUGCCGCGAGUCCGACCCUUUUACGCUGUCAAGUGCAACAACAGCCCGGGUGUGCUGAAGGUCCUGGCCGAGCUAGGACUGGGCUUCAGCUGUGCCAACAAGGCAGAGAUGGAGUUGGUCCAGCAUAUUGGUGUCCCCGCCAGUAAGAUCAUCUACGCCAACCCCUGUAAGCAAAUUGCACACAUCAAGUAUGCUGCCAAGCAUGGCGUCCGGCUGCUGAGCUUUGACAACGAGAUGGAGCUGGCAAAGGUGGUAAAAAGCCACCCCAGUGCCAAAGGUGCCGCGUGUCUCCUCAGGAUGGUUCUGUGCAUUGCCACCGAUGACUCCCACUCCCGGAGCCGCCUGAGCCUCAAGUUCGGAGUGUCGCUGAAAUCGUGCAGACAACUGCUUGAAGAUGCCAAGAGGAACCACGUAGAGGUGGUGGGUGUGAGUUUUCACAUUGGCAGUGGCUGUCCUGACCCUCAGGCCUACGCUCGGUCCAUCGCAGACGCCCGGCUUGUGUUUGAAAUGGGUGCUGAGCUGGGCCACAGGAUGCACAUCCUGGACCUUGGCGGCGGCUUCCCUGGAGUGGAGGGGGCCAAAGUGAGAUUCGAAGAGAUUUCUUCUGUGGUCAACUCAGCCUUGGACCUGUACUUCCCGGAGGGCUGUGGUGUGGACAUCCUUGCCAAGCUGGGGCGCUACUAUGUGACCUCGGCCUUUACCUUGGCAGUCAGCAUCAUCGCCAAGAAGGAGGUUCUUCUGGAACAGCCUGGCAGGGAGGAGGAAAACGGUUCCGCCCCCAAGACCAUCCUGUACCAACUCAGUGAGGGCGAGUAUGGAAUCUUCAACUCAGUCCUGUUUGACAACACCUGCCCUACCCCCAUCCUGCAGAAGAAACCAUCCACGGAGCAGCCCCUGUACAGCAGCAGCCUAUGGGGCCCAGUGAUCGAUGGCUGUGACUGCAUAGCUGAGGGCCUGUGGCUGCCGCAACUACAUGUAGGGGACUGGCUGGUCUUUGAGAACAUGGGCGCCUACACUGUGGGCAUGGGUUCCCUCCUCGGGGGCACCCAGACCUGCCGCAUCACCUAUGCCAUGUCCCGGGUGGCCUGGGAAGCCCUGCGAGGGCAGCUGCUGCCUGCAGAACAGGAUGAGGACGCCGAGGGCACGUGCAGGCCUCUGUCCUGUGGCUGGGAGAUCACAGACACCUUGUGCAUGGGCCCUGUCUUCACCCCGGCGAGCAUCAUGUGAGCGGAGGGGAAGGUGGCGAUUAGGAGCACCCUCUGGCCAGGACUCCGGCGCUCACUUUGCCGGCCCCACGCUCCCCCUGCAGUGUUUCUGCCCUGUAAAUAGGACCAGUCUUGCGCUCCCUGUAGUUCAAGUACGCAACAUAAAUCCUGUGCCUCCCAGUUGUGUCUGCCUCCUCUGCAGCGCCAGGGGCCUGGUCAGCCAGGUAUGGGGGUGUUCUUGGGGUCUCCCUUGGUCUGCUUCCUACCUUUGUAAAUAUGAAGCGAAUAAAUAUUUAGGUUGUUUAAUACGC